UUGUAAGUAUUCAUAAUUUACAAUUUGAAUUGCAAUGGAUGAAGAAGCUGAAGAAGCCCUGGACGAAAGGAAGCCAGAACCCCAACCUAUAUUUCUUUGUAAAUGUUUAUUGAGUGAUGAUACUAUCCCACCAGUAAUACCUCCUCGUAAAUUAAGAAUUCUUAAUGCAGUCGAUGACGCAGAAAAUUACUUACGGGACCGGCGAAUUCCAGAACUGAUGCGUUUUCUUUUAACAAAAGUACUAUCAGAUGGCUCAAAUGAGCCUACAACUUACCUUAAGGAAUUAUUAGAUCACUGCAUGUUAUUUCGAGCAGGACAUGGGACAGCACCAGUUUUGUAUGAAGAUAGGCAUUUGGAAGCUGUGAUUAAAAGUUUUGAUCCAGGGCGUCGCGGGUGGUUAACCUCUGGACAGGUCCGGCGUCUUUAUGCUACUUUGGGAUUAACUCUAGAAGAAUACCCACAUGAAAAAGUCUCAACUGCUGUUAUUUUUAAAGACAUCAAAAGAACUCAAGAAGUUGAACUAUUGCGCUUGCUUUCUGCUGGAAUUCCAGUGGAGGAAUCAUAUAGUUUGUAUGAUAUAUCUGAUUCAAAACAAGUCAAUGUUAUUAAACCACCUCCGAAAAAGUAAUUCGCGA